AAACCUCAUGGUGCCUGACGAAUUAGUAUUGGAUCCCCAAUUGAAAUACUGGGUUCUCCUUCCCAUUUCAGUGGUGAUGGUGGUUGUUGGACUACUUCGGUCUAAUGUCACCCUUCUCCUUAAAUCUGAUCCCAAAUUAGAGGAGUUCAAGAAGAACAGAGAAAAGCAAUUCUUGAAGAGAGCCACGUCAUUCAAGAAUGGUAGCUCAGUGCUCACUCGGGACGAGUUUCUCGUCAGACAAGAGUACUUUAUUACUCAGUUGAAGUCUAGUGAGUUCUUUGCUAACAAGAACGUCUCCAGUGAUGCCCCUGCCAACCCCUUGACAGACCCCGGGUCGGCCGAUGCAUUAAUGGAAAUGGCAAAGGGAAAUAUGAUGAACUACAUUCCACAAACGCUUAUCAUGGCGUGGGUCAACUAUUUUUUUGCUGGGUUUGUGAUCAUGAAGUUGCCCUUCCCUAUCACAGACAGUUUUAAAAGCAUGCUACAACAGGGAAUCGUGACUCCAGAUUUGAACGUCCGGUACGUAUCACUGAUAUCGUGGUACUUUGUCAACUUGAUGGGAUUGAAACCAGUCUACUCAUUAAUCAUGAACGAUUCAUCUGCUGCUGAUGAGCUUGUCAAUCUGCAACAACAAAAUCAGCAACUUCCAAACUUGGGAGCUCCUGGAGCCCCAAAAGUCGAUAAGAUCUUUGAGAAGGAGGCGGCAGACAUUCAAAUCUUGUCCCACGAGUCUAUCUAUGAUGGCAUUAUAGAUCGAGUUUUAGCAGCCGAUUUGUAAGUGUAGGCUAAUGCGCGGAAAUAUAUAAGUAAGCAUCG